ACACAAGAAGCAGUUGCAUCUCUCGCAGAGCUUAGCCACUGAGCCUUGUGUCACGUAGACAGGAAGUAGGAAAGGGGGUUUUGGCCUAGGCUGAGAUCUUCUCUCUCUCUCCCUCCUCUUCCUGCACACCCUCCUCUCUCUAGUUGAUAUCAGUACCCGAGUCGCCGUCGAGAUGACUGGAGGUCUGGCGAUCACCCUCGCCGGCGUCGCAGGCAACAUCAUCUCCUUCAUGGUGUUCCUGGCACCACUGGCGACGUUCAGGCAGGUGUUCACGAAGAAGACGACUGGCGGGUUCAGCUCGGUGCCGUACGUGGUGGCGCUCUUCAGCUGCGUGCUGUGGAUCUUCUACGCGCUCAUCAAGACCAACUCCCGCCUGCUGCUCACCAUCAACGCCUUCGGCUGCGGCAUCGAGUUCAUCUACAUCGCCGCCUACCUCGUCUACGCGCCGCGCCGCGCCAGGCUCAGGACGCUCGCCUACUUCUUCCUCCUCGACGUCGCCGCCUUCGGCCUCGUCGUCGCCCUCACGCUCAAGGCCGUCGGGCCGCAGCAACGCGUCAAGUUCCUCGGCAGCGUCUGCCUCGCAUUCUCCAUGGCCGUCUUCGUCGCGCCACUCUCCGUCAUCUUCAAGGUGAUCAAGACCAAGAGCGUGGAGUUCCUGCCCGUCGGCCUCUCCGGCUGCCUCGUCCUCAGCGCCGUCGCCUGGUUCUGUUACGGCCUCUUCACCCACGACCCAUUCGUCAUGUACCCGAACGUGGGAGGCCUAUUCUUCAGCUGCGCCCAGAUGGGCCUCUACUUCUGGUACCGCAACCCCAGCAACGCCGCAGUGCUGCCCACCACCACCGACGCCGGAGAUGGCGGCGCCGCCGUGCACCAGGUGAUCGAGCUGCCCGUGCACACCGUCGCCAUCCUCUCCGUGGGCCCCGUCCCGGUCGUCGGCGUGCACAAGAUCGAGGUCAGGGCGAUCGAGCAGCACACCGACGCUGUCAACCCCAAGGUGGCGGAGAUCGACAAGCCGGAGGUCAUCGAGAUCGUCGCCGCCCUGUGAGACGCACGUACUCCGACGACGUACGCCAGUGACAUGUUAUGACAUGCACAGAUGGAGAAGAGUGAUAUUGGGUUUGGUUAAUUUAUUAUUACGUACUGCAGGGUGUGCUUGUGUGACUUCAUUAGUUAAGGAUUAUUAGUAGUAUUGUGUGGUCGCUAGUUGAUUGUCACGUUCAGGUGUGCUGCUGUCGCUCUUAGUAGUCUGCAGGUUUGGUGGUAAUAAUAAGACAGAGCUAUGAUCGAUGUACUGACGCCAUGUGUACUGCUCACGCUGAUUGCAACAUGGCAAUAUUAAUUAAUCAAGUCA